AUGGUCCUGUGGUCCAGGGGCGGCGCGGCCGCCGCGCGCGUGCGGAAAAAUCAGGGUGUCGAACUGCGCUCGCUGCGUCUUACCUGGCGUGGCGCCCUGCUGCCUGCGCGCCUACUUGUGUCGCUGCAGGUGCCCGUGGCGUGCUUUGGUGAGGCGGACCUCUUCCACAUGUACAUACCCCCGCCCGGCAGCCUGGGCGCCAAGUUCCAGGCUGUUUCCCACAAGGUCCUGCCCGGCCGCCAGCCCCUCUUCUGGGGCGACGGCGUCUUCGCCGACCCCGGCCUGCUGCCGCUCGCGCGCCCCCUCACCACCGUCGUCGGCGCCCCCAUCCCUGUGGCCAAGUGGCAGGGCGCGCGCGAGGGCCCCGAGUGGGAGGCGGCGGUGGAUGGGCUGCACGCGCGGUACUGCGCAGAGCUGCGCGCGCUCUGGGACGCGUGGCGGGACAAGGUCGAGCCGGGGCGCCCGCGCGCGCCGCUGACCGUCGUCGGCUGA